CAUCCAGACUCGCCGCUAUGAUUUAGCGCCAAAGAUUUUGUUAUCGCCCGAAACCGUAGCAUUGUGCAUCUCCCUACUCAUCUCUGUUUGCGUUACGUUGGGUUACCUUCUGGCACAUUAUCUCAUUGGAGGAGUCAGCCAUAAGGAAAAGAAGGAAGGACGUUGGGUUACCUCAUUGGAGGAGUUAGCCGUAUUGAAUGUAGGGUGGAAGGAUGUGGAUUACGUUAUGUUAGGUUAAGCUACGUAUGUCAGGAGAGAUAGGUUGCGUUAGCUAUUGGGUUAUCAACGUGUGAUUUCUAAUGGGACAGCGUUAAGAAUGUUCGUGCGUGCGAUUCUCUGAUCAGCUUUAAUCAUUGAGUGACAUUCAAGAGGUUUAGCAUGACGAGAAUGUCCUUAGUCAGGAUAAAGACUCGGUUCUGUAGAGGGUUUGAUUCAUCAGUUGGACACAUCGUGAGAAAUUACUCGGUUCCAGCAUCGAGUGAAAAGCAUGAGAAGAAAGCACCCCAGUAUCCACCUAUACAGGAUCAGUUCUUUAAAGAGAGACGUCGGAGAACAUACGAAAAAUGGCACGAAGAUAUUAAGAGCAUUAAAACGGUCGAGGAAAAGUUAUUCAAAAUCAAUGUGCCACGCUACUAUGGCUGGAAAUCAUUGAUGAUGCACGAAUAUCAGAUACCGUACAACAGUCUUGAUCAGGCACAGUACAUUACCAGAACGCAUUUGGUAAAAGAUAUGAAAUUACCUUCCUAUUAUGAAACUCUAUUAGGCUCUGAUCAAUUGGACCACAUUGUUCAAGAAAUUAGGAGUCAAGUGGAAGAUGCCAUUGCAUUCGAAUACAUUGACAGAAAGAGAGAGGGUAUAUUGUCUGAGAAUGAAUUUGAAAAUCGCUUUCUGAUAGACAGUACAAUGGCUGAGGCAGUCGUACGGCAAGUAAACAGAAUCUUACUAGCUAAUCUUUCCUCCAAGUAUUCGCAUUUAUUGGAAACUCAGGUGGAUUAUAAUUCACGACUGGAAGCUUUUUGGGUUGUUGGUGGUAUAGAUCCAACUUACCAAGUCCAAAAAUGUAAAGAGAAUGUACCUUAUUUAAAAAAAUAUGCCAACGACCCCGUAGAUAGGCACAUUCAAUACAAAGGAAAGCCAAUUGCGCAGUUGAGAUACGAUUUUCCAUUACAUGAGUUUAUUAGUUUAAGUGAAUCGGAAAAUCCGGCAUUAACAGUGCCACAGUAUACCUUGGAUCCAAGAACACUGGGGUAUUCACACGAAUGGCAGCAUGGUACAAGUAUUCCAGGUUUUUGGCCAGGGGAUAAAAGUGAAUUUGGUGGAUUGUCUUACCAUAAUUGUAGUUAUUUAACAAUAAGACCAAAAGAAUAUAACGAUGAAAUCGAUGCACUUUCUACGCAAUCUCUAUUGGCGUCUUAUGCAUGGUUACUUUCGCAAGCUUGUUAUCAAGGAUUUUCAACGUUUAAUGACUUAACGUAUCCUCUGGUGACGCAAACAAUUAUAACUAAUGGUCAGACAUGGUCAUUCUCUGCGUACCAAUUGAACACUACAGUAGUACACUCGGAUCAUGUGAACAAUAAUCCCAGAAGAAACGUUUGCUGGAUUACAAAACCCUUGAAACUCUUUGAGAAAGUGGAGAAUGGCAAACUCGUUGGAUUUAAUGAGGAUGUGCUCAGGUAUAUCGUGAGUUUUUACGCGAAUGCGCCGCAGGAACGAGUGGGUAUUAAUAUGAAGCCGUACUUGGGCGAAACUGAAAAUGUCGUGGCUGAUAUCGAGGAUCCCGAGAGACGCGCGUGGCUAGAAAAACAUUACAAGCAUCUUGUAUCCAACAGACCAAGGCAUAGGUUGAGGCCCGAAAUCUAUGCCUGGCAGAAAAUUUACAUGAUCGAUAAUAAGAGAAGACCCAUGGAAAAGAGACGGGAGCCGUGGCAAUUCAACAUCAAUAUGGGACGUCGCCGAUUGGACGACCAUACACCUGAAUAUAUACCAAAGGCUUUGAGACCCGGUGGCCCAAAGAGUAGGAAGAAAUGGGCAAACACAUAUUACCCUUAAUGAAGUAAGUGUAAUGAGUUAAUCAGAUACACAAUGUAUUAUAGAAACCAUAUCUUUGGUAUUAUAUACAGUUUGAGAAAAGAAAGUAUAUUUUUAUUUGACGUCA